AUGGAGCACACUCAUCUUGUGAAGGGUCUUGAUUACGUUCUGCUGCAGAAAGUGCGCAUGGAGAUUCAAAGCAAGGAGCAAGAGGCAGAUGAGAUGCUAAAUUCGGAACUAGAGAAGCCGCUGGAUAGAAAGGAGGAGACCUUGCAAGUUCGUACUCGUCUUGCAGCCAACCUCCUCGAAAUUCUUUUCAAGAAGAAGGAGCGAAAUGAGUACUUCCAGCCUGGUCGCAUGGCGUAUCGAGUUGAUCUGGAAGAUGAGCUGGCAGAAUUCGAUGUACCAGCUACGGUUAUUCGUAGCAAAGCGGACUGCCCCUACGUUGAUCAGCAGGAGUCAGGAGCCCUGACAACUAACGAUAUUGUCAUAAAUAAACUCACGCAGAUCUUCUCCUAUCUUCGAGCUGGCCGACGGCAGGCGAAAAAGGCCAAGGCUAAAUUACGCAUGGCUCCCAAUGACCCCGAAGCAGACUAUCCUGAAGUGGUGGCUGAAAAUAAAAAUCGGAAACCGGCUGUACACAUUCCCAUUUAUGAGGAUGUGCCGAGUGAAUACAUCCCUCCAGCGCCCUCCGCUGCUCGUUCGGGUGCCAACAAUCAAACACAGUCAUCCGGUAAAGCCUCAUCCCGGUCCGAUCGGCACGGAGAGGCUGAGCGUCGGUGGGACAAACCCUCACAGGGUAGCGAACAACCCAAGUCACGUUACUUCGAGCGACCCGAACCGGAGGUCGGCAAUGAAGGGGGCACAAGUGCUAAUGCGCCUGUAAAUGGGUCCAUAGCCGCGACCAAUGAAUUUUUGCGCGACUUGACCGCCAAGUACGGCGCCAAAAAGGAGGACGAGGGAGUUAAGGAAAAGGCCAGUCUGGAACGCUUACUUAAAAAGUCGGAGAUCUCAGGUUAUGAUGAGUGUUAUCCUGGCUUUGCUGAAUCCUAUGAUGCGAUGGGGGACUCAGACGACGAGACUGACUUCAGCAAAAUGGAUUUGGGUAAUAAGAAGGGCCCCAUUGGGCGCUGGGACUUUGAGACCCAGGAGGAGUAUGGCGAAUACAUGUCCAACAAGGAGGCCAUGCCGAAGGCCGCCUUCCAGUACGGUGUGAAGAAGCCCGAGGGUAGGCGUACUCGCCGACUUGGUGGCGGUGGGGCUGGUCCAGGUCAGCAGCGCAACGACAAGGUCGAUCGCGAAUGGCAGCAAAUUCAGGCCAUCAUCAGCAAACGCAAGCAACAAGCAGACGACGAUGGACCCUCGUCAAAGGCUGCCAAAACUUAA